UAAUCCGUUUGUGAGCACUCGCUCGCUAGAGUGCAAUAAUUUUAGUCGCGAGAGAGAGGGAGAAAGGGCGGCGAGCGCCAUGGCUGCGUCCCUUUCUUGUCCCGGCAGAGCUUGGAUCCAAGGUGGUUCUACGCUAUCGUGGAACCCUAGAAAAUCCACACUUGUAUCUCCGUUCUUCGUGAAAUCUCCGAGGAACUUCACGGUCGUGAGGAUGGCCGUCUCCGUCGAGAAGAGUAACCAAUCUCCCCUCGAGAGAUACGAAGCUCACUUGGAUGAUGCCAAGGUGAAUUUAUUGUUGGAUAGAAUUAAAUGGGAUGACAAAGGCUUGGUGGUGGCAAUUGCCCAAAAUGUAGACACUGGAGCCAUUCUGAUGCAAGGUUUUGCAAACAGGGAGGCUGUGGCUACAACCCUCAGAUCAUGCAAAGCAACUUUUUACAGCCGAUCCAGGCAGUCUCUAUGGACUAAAGGAGAAACCUCCAUGAAUUUUAUCAAUGUCCAUGAUGUCUUUCUUGAUUGUGAUCGGGAUUCGAUAAUCUAUUUUGGGAAGCCUGAUGGACCAACUUGUCACACAGGUGCAGAAACCUGCUAUUACACAUCAGUUGCUGACGUGCUAAAACUUCCUCAGGUUGAGGAAAACAGGCUGGCGUUAACGACUUUGUACUCUCUUGAAUCCACUAUAGCUCAACGUAAAGCUGAAAUUGUAGAGGCACAAAAUGCCAAGCCUUCAUGGACGAAGAAGCUAUUGCUUGAUGAAAAGCUACUGUGCUCUAAGAUCAGGGAAGAGGCCGGCGAGUUGUGCCAAACAUUGGAAAAUGCUGAAGAAAGUAAACGGACAGCAUCGGAAAUGGCAGAUGUACUGUAUCACUCAAUGGUCCUGCUUGCAAAUAAGGGCGUAAAGAUGGAGGAAGUUCUUGCAGUCCUCAGAGAGAGAUUCUCUCAGUCAGGUAUUGAGGAAAAGAGCAGUAGAAAACCAAAGCACUGAGAACCCGGCUAUAGACUAAAGUUAUUGGUUUCACUCUGACCCUAUGUUGUGCCUUCUUCUUCUUCUUCUUCUAGUGAAAGGCUACAACCAUGAUGUAUGUCUUAUUUUGGACUUUGAAGUAAUGCUAUCAAUGAAGCUUCUAAAACUUCGAACUC